CUUUAAUUUAGAGCUGCUGCUCUCAAUAUCAAGCACGAAAUCAGUUCAUUUUUUUAAACGUUUAUUUAUUAACUAUAUAUUUUCUUAAUCUAAAAUGGACUGUAUUGAUUUUCCAAGAAUUUUUCCGAAUUCCCCAAGGAAGGCCCGCGGACAAAUCCAGGUCAUCUUUGGACCGAUGUUUUCAGGCAAAAGCACUGAAUUGAUGCGAAGAGUGCGCCGUUUCCAGAUAGCCCAGUACAACUGUUUGGUGAUUAAAUACGCUAAAGACACGCGUUAUUCUGAUAACGGCAUGGCCACACAUGACAAAAACACAAUGGAAGCUGUACCUGCUAACUGUCUGGCAGAUGUGCGUUCACUGGCACUGAAAGCCUGUGUCAUUGGAAUCGAUGAAGGACAGUUUUUUCCAGACACUGUGGAGUUUUGUGAAGAGAUGGCAAAUUCAGGGAAGACAGUUAUCGUAGCAGCGCUGGAUGGAACCUUCCAGAGAAAGCCAUUCGGAAGCAUUCUGAACCUCGUUCCUCUGGCAGAGAGUGUGGUCAAACUCCACGCUGUCUGCAUGCAAUGUUACAAAGAAGCUGCCUAUACGAAGAGGAUAGGAGCAGAGAAGGAGGUGGAGGUGAUCGGUGGAGCUGACAAGUAUCAGGCGGUGUGUAGGAAGUGUUAUGGAGGAUUGGUGGAUAAAGAGAACAGUGCUCCUUUCAGGGAUGAAACUCCACCACAGGCACUGACUGGAAAACUUGUGGACUCUGGGAUUCCCAGGAAGCUUUUCUCUUCCCUCCAGAUCUGAGAACAAUACUGAGACUCAGCUGAGCAAUUUUUGAAUGGUGUGGGAGCCCUUGCAUCAGUGGAGGGAAAUUAAGUCAAUCAUCCCGGUCCCUUUCCUUUUAGACUUAUUUUAUUUGUUUAUGUUUACUAAACUAUUGAUGUGUAAGUGCACUUUUUUGCAGGAACAUCAACUGUAAAAUGUUUAUAAGUUAUUUUUGCUGUAAAGACUAGAUUGCCUUAUCUACAUUUUCUUUUGCUAUGGAUCUGUUAAUGAACAGUGGACUCAAACUGUAUGGGUUUGAAUAAACUUCUUUUUGAAGGAUAAAAAAAUUGUAAGAAUUAAGAUGCCAGUUAACUCCUUGUACAUAAUAUUUUUGUAGAAACAUUAAUGAGUUUGUUUUUGCUUUUAGUAAUCUGUGGUGUGAAACCCAAUGCCCUCGCAUGCUACUGAGGACCAAAAUAACCUGUUUAAAUCCAGACCAGCUCCACUGCAGUGAGCUGAAGGGUGGAAUGGAGGAGUAUAUCUUCCAUAUACCAUGUAAAACUGUUAACAGCAGUGCAGUGCAUUAAGAACCCAAUGUUAAUAAGACACAAUAGGCUGCGCACAGUUUUAUUCUAUAAAGACAGACUGAUGUAUAAGUUGUGCUGACUUGCACAAGAAGAAAAGAGCAUGCAGUAUGGUAACUUCCCAACUCCAUUCAGAACAUUACCAGUUUCUUAUGCCAAUCUGAAUACAGUCAGUAGAAGCAUUAGAAAUCCAACAUGAUUAAAAGCUAUUUGUUUUUUCCUGAUGUCUGCUAUGGGGACCUCAAUAAAAUUUUAUCUAACAAUAUAUUAAACUUAAAAAAAAUACUCAAAUCUAAACACUUACUAGUACACUAGUUCAAAAAUCAGCAUUAUGUUUAAAACUGGAGCUGUUUAACUCUUGACACAAAGUCAAAAUCACAAUGUAGAGUCACUCACAGUGAGUAACUGCUAAAAAUAACCACACAAAUACUUUGAUUUCCAGUGUACCUUGACAAGCAGAUAUUACUGUUUUUCCAGAGCAUGAAAAUGAGCAAAACUCAAGAAGAGCACUGAUGACAGCUGUGAUCCUCAGCUGUUAUAAAACCUAAAUAUAACAUUUAUCUUCACUAAGGUCAUGUUCAGUAUCACAUUCAGAUCUGCACAUAACUCCUCUUAAGGACAUCAUUUCUUCUGUAUAAAGGUCUGCUGUGUAACACCAACUACAUGGCAUCUGUUGCAAUAAAUAUGCUCUAUCAUU